AUGACUUCUCUACAGACGAAUUUGGCUGAUUUGAGAUUGAAAACGACGCAGUUGUUAGCAAACUGUCUAUCAGCUGAGGAUCUUUGGUUGAGAAUAAUCGAUACGAAUAAGAGUAGUAUGUACUAUAUGAGCGAGGAUGACAUCAGACGAAUCGGACGCGAAGCGAAUCCUGGCCAAGCAGUACUGCGAGCGUGGGGUAAUCGUGGUCAGUCCGUUUACGACCUGCUGGUACGACUGCAGGGCCUUUCCAAGCACUAUGGAUCAGUUAUGGAUGAAGCACAGCUCAUUCUGUCAAGAAAAUUCAGUGAGUUCUUGUCUUGUAUUUGGAUAGUGAGAGCUCAGAACAUUUACGGAAGUGCUCCAUGUGAAGUGGUUCAAAAGUGCUCCUCGAAGUUCUCAUUUUACUUGGUAGUAACAAAUGAAGUGGAAGAUGGUCAUGUGUAUUCGGAAUUUUAUCGAAAACCUGGGAAGCAGUAUUCGUCACGGAUUGUUUCAAGAAGUGUGUCUAUCGCGCGGUUUGUAGGAGAGGAACAUCAUUCAAAAUGUCGCUGUGGUAUUUUAGCUGCAGAACACAAUGACGAUGCACUACACGCUGCCGAUAAAGUAGCACUGAUUAUCAGUAAUGGUAUGUACCAGUAUCUGCCGAAGCUAGUGACACCUCACUGUGAUGCUGAAACAUUGGAUCUUAAAUAUAAAACGGUGACGUUGGCUGAUCUUACUCUUGGUGAAAUGAAAUUCGUUAUAAAAGAAUAUAGGAAGCUUCUGGGAAACGGUGUAUAUGCAGUUUUCUAUUUUGUGGGCCACGGUUUCGAGGUGAAUGGACAGUGUUAUCUUCUUCCUGUGGAGGCACCUUCAGUAGCACAUAGACCGGAGUAUUGUCUGUCAAUGGAUUUUGUCCUCUCUGAGUUGAAUGAUCACAAUCCGGCCUUGAAUCUCAUCUUGCUUGACGUUUGCCGAAAGUUUAUACCUUACGAGUAUAUUCCGGCGUUCGUCGAAUAUGCGGAAUCGUUGAAAACGAAGCGUCGUCCUAAUCGAAACACGGUUUUCGGAUAUUCCACAAGUGGAGGAGUUGGAGCAUAUGAGAUAAAAGGCGAGGUGAAUGGUGUUUUUAUGAAGUAUCUGAAAACCCACCUGCAUCGGCCAAUUUCGGUUAUUCAGAUGUUAAAUGACGCAUCACGUGAUAUUGAAGAGGAUAAGAAAGUGUGCGAUGUUCAAGUGCCUGAACUGCGGUCUACACUGACGAGACCGCGAUCUUUGACCGAUCCACUAGUGUGGGACGGCCACACACUUUCUUUUGAUCACCACACCAUACACUGGAGGCUUAUGCAUGAGUUACCAAACCCUGUCUAUGUUCGUUUCACGGAUUUGUCGCUUAUUGUCACCAUCUGGUUUGAUUACUGCGGACAUUUUACAAAUAAGGUAUAUGUAUUCUCAUCCGUCAGUGACCUGUUAGAUGGCGCCACCGAUGACGUUGAGGUCAAAAAACUGUCCGAAAACGCCCUGUCACACAUUGCGUAUUUGUCUUUUCCACCGGAACUGGAUGCAUCGAAAGAGCGAAUUGUAUCUGAUGACGAUGAAGGUGUUUCGUUGUGCUUGCUCGUUUCUCAUCUUCAACGGUCAAAGGUGGGAAAUGAAAUACACACCCUGUCCAAACAUGGCUACAUCGAUACACCUGAAGAACUAUUGUCAUUUCUAAGCAACACUCUGGCGCUGCUCCUUAUACAUCAUGGUUGGAAUGCGACAUUUCUAAUCAUCAGAAAACCAACAGGACCGUGUUGUUCUACAAAACAGUGA